UGCUAUUACUUUGAGUACUUUUAACGAAAUAGUUUGUUUUCUUGCUGAGAGUUAGAUAGUAUGGUAAAUAUCAAGCUACAGCCAGGAGUCGGGAAAUGGGGGAAGGGGCCAGCUCUGCACUCUCUGCACCUCUGAAGCUCAGGGAUUGACGGGUUAUAUCUUAACUGUUUUGCCUGUAAAAAAAAAACUGCAUGUGUAAAAACAACAAAUUUUGGUUUUAGGAGGGAUGGAUCUUCCUGCUAAACUGAGCUAAGUGUGUCCUGGCUAUAAAGCCUUAUAUAAGGCACACAGACAUUACACCUGUAACUAUGUUCUCAUCUAACUCUCUGCAAAAAAAAAAGUAUAUUCCCAAAACGUUUAACUGUUCUUUUAAGCGUAUUUUAGGUGUUUGCUUUUACUUUUAGUGAAGAGACAAAGUAGUGAGAUAUGUGUUUAACAUAAAACUCACCCUCUAAUUAAAUGUCUCAAACCUUUGGUGGUUGUGGCUCCAUAGCAUUUUUUUCAGACUGUGCCAAAAUGGGUUAUUUUUUAAUUUUUGGAUGAGAUUCCCAUUCUGAUAAUACUGGCUGGAUAUUAAGUACGUGAAGAGUUAAUAACAAUACAUUUGGUUGAAGGCUAACUGCAUUCUCCAGAAAAUUUUAUUGAAUUAAUGUUAAUGAAUGAUAGUGUUUCAGCAUGGCUACACCGAUCUCAAAUUAUUCAUCUGAAUUUAAAAGUUCCAACAAAAUCUUGGUCCCUGAAAGUGAUACUGAACACCUGUCAAUUAUUACACUCUCGUCCUCCAGUUCUCAUCUUUCGUCAACUUUUUCUGCUCUCGUCUGCUGACGGGUACAGCGUGACAUUAAAGCUAGAUGUGUGUUGUGAAACCUCAUCAGUCCUGCUGUCCUCUCCCUGCUCAAAACUCCAAGGUCCAACUUCAGUUAGUCAUCUGUCCCAACCGCAGACAGUCCUCUCUGACCGGGCCAGCGGAUCAGUAACUGAACAUCACUUAUAAAGAUGGGAGACUGGGGAUUCCUGUCAAGUUUGCUGGACAAGGUCCAGUCCCACUCCACAGUCAUUGGGAAGAUCUGGAUGAGCAUCCUCUUCCUGUUCAGAAUCAUGGUUUUGGGUGCAGGUGCCGAGAGCGUCUGGGGCGACGAGCAGUCGGGUUUCAUCUGUAACACUCAGCAACCUGGUUGUGAGAACGUCUGCUAUGAUUGGACCUUCCCCAUCUCGCACAUACGCUUCUGGGUCCUCCAGAUCAUCUUUGUCUCCACGCCGACGCUGGUCUACCUGGGCCACGCCAUGCACGUCAUCCACAAGGAGCAAAAGCUGAGGGAGCAGCUGUCAAGCCCUGGUGGGUCCCAGUUUCUUAAAGUGCCCAAAUACACAAAUGAAAAGGGACAGGUGAAGAUCAAGGGGAACCUGCUGGGAAGCUACCUGACUCAGCUCGUAUUUAAGAUCAUCAUUGAGGCUGCCUUCAUAGUGGGACAGUACUACCUGUAUGGCUUCGUCAUGGUCCCCAUGUUCCCCUGCUCUAGAAAGCCCUGUCCCUUCACUGUGGAGUGCUACAUGUCCCGACCCACAGAGAAGACCAUCUUCAUUAUCUUUAUGCUGGUAGUGGCCUGCGUCUCUCUGCUCCUCAACGUCAUUGAGGUGUUCUACCUGAUUUGUACCAGGGCCAGAUGUGGGUCCAGGCAUCGCAAUCACAAGAUUACCUCAGCAGAAAACCCUGCCAGCCUGUCAGCUCCCAGGUGGCCGUGUGCAGAAGACGCAGUAAAGCAGAACAAGCUGAACAUGGAGCUCGAGAACAGUCACAGUAUCGGAGGAAGCCUGGACGGGGCCAAAGAGGAGAAACGACUGCUGAGUGGUCAUUAAAAAAAAAAAAAAAAAA